UGUUUCUUGCUUGCUUGCUUUUUGCGGCAAAACAAAAAUACAAAACUAUAAAUUAAAUGAAUCUUAAUGUUAGCAACAGUUUUGGAUUUACUUGCCGUUUGCUACGGAAACAAUGCGACAAUGCACAGACGAGCAAACGUACCGCCGAGGAUCUUGUCGAUCUGCUCAAGAGUCUAAACGCAAAGGAAAAGCUUCUGUUAUCAAAAUACUUUUGUCAAUUACCUUUAAGUGUCGGUAGUUUUCGAGUGUUGCGCCAGUUGCAAAAGCUAAGAAUUCUGACGGCCACAGAAUAUAUAUGCAGUAUUGAGAACGAUGAGCAGCUGGAAUUGAUAUUAAUAGAGUUUCUGCAAAAUGAAAAUGAAUUGUUGAUAAAUCUUUUUAUUUCGGCUCAUUAUGAUUCUGUAAAUAUGCUGAGACUGAAUAAUAUACUCGUAAAUGCUUUAAAAAAUCUCUUUACCGCUCUGGCUGUUAAUCCUAAGAUCAGCAGCUUGAGCUAUGUUGAACCGCUGUGUAAAUCUUUGCCUGACGAUGUAUUGUUAAAUGUAUGCAUACAAAUGCACUUGAAUUGUCUAUUGGAGUUGCAUGUGGCUGCCGAUAUUAGUCUGGCGUUUCAACAUUUGAGUGCCUGGAUUAAUGAGGGAGUCGAUGAAUUAAUCUUCAUCAAACGCCUCACUGAUAAACUUCUUGUCAGACAUCAGGAGCAAGCAUUAAGUCAUCUAUUUAAAGUAUCUACGUCAACCAGUUUUAAGUAUUGGAAAUUCUAUAUAAUUUUGCUGCAAUCAAUAGCCAGCGCCGCUAAUGCAGACACGACCACUUUCAUUAAAAAAUACCUCAAGAAUCGUCUGCUACAUGCGGCUACGCUUCGCUGCCAGCUUACCUUAUUGCAUUUACUACUCACGGCGCGAGCUGCUGCGGCUAACACAAUGAAUAUACAACAAAAUUUGGAUAAUUAUGCUAAGUGGUAUAAGCAAAAUAUAGGCGAAAUGUCCUAUGUGCUAAGCACUGAACAGUUUCAGGUAGUUUUAAAUAUGCUAGAAGAUUCCAUACAUUACGAACAAGAAAUUGAUUAUGUAGAGAUUCAUGCAGCGAUUGCCAUUUCACCUGGUGGCAAACUGGUGCAGUCCUAUAAAACCAAGUGCAAGGCCCAUUUAGCACGUUUAAAACUUGCCAGAAAGCAAAAUGAUAUUAUAAAUUGUUAGAUUUUGUUUGUAUUCAUAUUUAGUAUUUAAAAAUUUAUCUAUAUAUUUACAAU